AUGGAUUUGUUUAUUAUAAACAGAUAUAAGGGCGAUGAUGUAGAUGAAGACUUAAUUGAUAGAGAAACUAAACAUUUGCAAGAAUUAAAACAAAAGAUAGAAGAAAGAAAAAAAUUGCAAGUGAAACUACAAGUCCCAGAUACAAUUACACUUAAACAGCAAGAUACUGCAAAAAAAACACGCAGUGGAAAAACUUUAACUUUUGUUUUACCAAUCAUUCAGAUCUUAAUGGAUGAAAUUGGACACUACACAAGAGCGUUAAUUGUUUUACCAGUACAGGAGUUAGCCUUGCAGGUUGCUAAAGUAUGUAAGAAGUAUUGUACAAAUACUGGCUUAAGAGUUGCCUUAUUGAUGUGGUUCAACACCAUUACAUCAAGAACAACAACAGCUUAUGAAAUACAG